UUUAAUCCUCGGUCACCAUCAGCUGCUCCUGCGCCUUCACCUCCGGCUCAAUAUCCGUGCUUCUUUUGUGUUUGGUAGCCGCUUCCACAUUGGCCCCCAGUAGAGGCUGUAUCGAGGUCUAAAGCCUUGUUUAGGAAGUCUUUUAAUUGUUUAACAGAUGGGGUUAGUUGGGUUUUGGUCCCGAGUAAAUCGACGGGCAAGAGUUUUGAUGUGAGGAAGCCAUUGGACGAGGAGCAAUGCGCACUCCAGUCCGUUUACUUUUAUCCGUGAGAUUAAGGUUGUGUUGCUGCAAUUUGACGCGAGACAUUUAGAUUUGUCUUACAUAUCUGAUACACCAUCGGUCAAACAUGCCAGGAGCACAGAGAAAAACAGCCACUGGAAUGAAAAUAAAGCGACAAUUUAAAGGCGAAUCCAUUUUACCAGUUAAACUUUUUCUCGCGGUUGGGAUCCUGUCGUUAAAAAACGAUUUACAAUAAGUUAUUAAGACAAACCAGAGACUGACAUCGUGUAUUUAAAUAAAGGUAUAAUUAUAACCACGCAGGUUUGAGUUGUGGCGUUAGUUAUGAAAGCAUGGGCUUCGUCAGGCCGUGGAUGAGGUGUGGAUGUUUGUCAUCUGUCUGCACCUUGUGAGUCUGCGUUGGGCUUUGUGUUGGAGCGAGGUGCGUCGCCACGGCUCUGGAUAUUUUCAGGGAGCCUCCAACUCCUCAGCAGCUCGUAUUUUGCUUCACGGGGCUUUUCCAACAGAAGGGAAACAGAUGCGCCGUAAUGUCAACAGUCGAUUACUCAUGCAACAUUGCGCGGAAAAAAAAUGCGCCCCCGCAGCUCGGACGGAGUGAGCGUCAAAGCCGGCCUCCUCUCCAUCCUGCCUGCCAGACGAGCAGCUUUGGGGAGAUAAACCGAGGAGUUAGCAGCUUCCUGUUCAGCACCGCAGACAGAGUUGAGUGACAAGCCUGCUGUCCAAUUGCCACCAUGAUAGCCACAGGUGGCCUGCUGCGCAUGAACAGGCGCCAGGAUUCCCUCCGCUCUAAAAACCGGGCGGAAAACAAAAGGAAGAGGAAAUCCAAGAAAAAGAAGAAGAACGACGUGGUAGUGGUGAAGGGGAAGCUCAAUCUGUGCUCCGUGGCCGGUUUGGUGGCAGGUGUAGGAGUUAUAGUUCUCAUGGUGGGGAUUUCCAUGGCUGUCAUGGGAUACUGGCCCAGCCAGAACCAGCAGGAGUACCAGGAGCGCCGCAGAACUGGAGCGUACCAUACUAACAGGAUGAGCUACUCCAAAGGUCCAGCAGUUUCCUCUAACUUGACCCACGAUAAGCCUCCCUUUGGCCAGACAAAUGUGUUCAACGAGAGCCGUUCAAACAGCAGCACCCCCGGCUCCGCCCGUCACUGUGGCUUUUUGUGUGACUUCCUGGAUAAUUACCUGUAUUCAGACAAUCUGAAAGUCUUCGGACCUCUGGUGAUGGGAAUAGGCAUUUUCCUCUUCAUCUGUGCCAAUGCAGUCCUCCAUGAAAACCGAGACAAGAAAACCAAAAUCAUCAACCUUAGGGAUAUCUACUCCACGGUUAUCGAUCUACACAGCAUACGGUCAAAGGAGUACUCACCUCUCAAUGGUUUGGUGAACUACACUCAGUCGAGGAACGCUGAGGGCCCGUCGGGCUCGUUCCCUGCAAGCGGGAUGCUUACACGCAGCUCCUGGCCCUCCACUGGACUCGGUUUCCAGGGUGAGUUAGGUGGCGAUGAGGUGUUCAGACGCCCAUCGUUGGCCGGCAGGCCUCGCAGCUGGUCCAGAGAUGUCCAGACCUUCACAGACACUGUCUACAGCAUCUACAAAGACUACAGCAAUAGCAGUGAGCAGGCCCCACAGCCCCGACAGUGGGAGACCACCUCCAUAGUCACCUCCUCUGUGAACGCUUUCACCCUCCCUGUGAUCAAACUGAACAACUGUGAGGUGGAGGAGUCUGAGAGAGCGGAGGCAGAGGGACACUCAGAGGAAGAGGUCGUUAUCGAGGCUGCUCCCGAAAGCAUUAGCGUGGAAGGGCAAGCUAGCAGCGGCCAGAACGACCAGACGAAUGCCAAGGAGAAGGACGCCUCCACGACUGAUUCCCCGCCGCCCCGUGUGAGCCAUGAGGAAAUUGCAACAGACACAGCUGACCAACAGGGGGCGCCACAGGCUCAGCCUCAACCACAGGGGACCCAGCUGUUUCCCCCAUCACCCGUUGCAAGGGCGAUGGGCUCACGGCUGUCGCUCAACUCCCUCACGGAUCAGCCCAGGUCUGCACGCCGCUGCAGCCUGUCCGUGUCCGUGUGCCGCCAAGGCGACAGAACCAGGCGCUUCAGCUGCCCUCGUCUGGAGCGCUCCAACAGUAAGGGCUACAUCAAACUGACUGACCUGGGGGGUGAGUCCUUUGAAGCCCCAGACACAGACACUUCUUUAGUGGCCACCGAACAGGAAGUAGCGGCAGACAUGGCAGCAGCGGCGGCGGCAGAGGGGGAAGACGCUCAGGGAGAGAACGAUCUGGUGACACCCAGCACCUCUGCAGAAUCCUAGACUAAUAUUUCUUGCUGAUGAGCCUCUGAAAACUCUUUGAUGUCUUGUUCUUUGCUUCGUACCUUCUUCUCUGAUUGCUGAUGUGAAGAUGGCCAUUACAUAGGAAAGAAACGUGGAGCGUAAGCAGCUAAGGACUAUUGAAACAUAGCCAUGAACACUCAAGAGCAAGGCUCUUUAUAAAUACCACACCCACAGCUCAAUAUUCAGAUGUAAUUUUUCUAUUUUUCCAAUGUAGCAAGAGCAAUACUGAAGACUUGUAAGAAGAUUUAGUAAGGAUUUGUAUAAAAAAAAUAGAAAAACAAGAAAAAAAGAUCUGUUGAGUUUUAACUUUUCUUUUGUAAAACAGUAGAGCAAACAUUGUAGCUUGUAGAAUUGCCAAACUGUCACUGAGAACUACCGUCUGACAUGUUGUACUGUAGCAUUAACAUAUGCCGCAGAAAACUAAAUAGUCUAGAAUUGUUUUCUCUACAUUGUUAAGUGAAUACCACGUGAAAAGGUGAACUGAACUGAAUCUCAGGUAGACGUUUGGUUUAGGACGGGGGACCUUGAGGUCAAGGUCUUCCCCUCUGUGCACACUUGUUUAUAUGAAACAUCCAUGGUUGAAUAAACUUAACUGUAACACAA